AUGGGGCCCGCGGAAAAAGCAGAAUUGCGGAAGUUCAUUGAUAAGAACCUGGCUAGGGGAUUCAUCAGACCGGCAUCCUCCCCCUUUGCUGCACCCGUCCUGUUCCGGAAAAAGAAGGACGGGGGCCUUCGUUUGUGUACGGAUUAUAGAGGACUGAAUGCUAUUUCGACCUCAAACGCCUACCCCCUUCCUUUGAUAAAAGAUCUGUUAACAGAGGUGUCCAAAGGGAAAGUGUUUUCGAAACUCGAUUUGCGCGACGCCUAUUUCAGAGUGCGGAUAAAGGAAGGGGACGAGGGCAAAACGGCGUUCAACACACCUUUGGGGCAAUUUGAGUACCUGAAGGAAGAGCUGGGGGAGGCGCUUCACGAAGUAGACUUCCAGCAGCUGAAGAUUGAGAAUGCCCAGUUCCUGGAGAAAAUUGAGGAGCGGAACCAGGACCUGCUGCAGCAGAAGAUGACUGUGGGCAACGCCCUCCAGAUCCUCAACUGCUACAAAAGGAAGCUACAGACCACAAUGGCGAUGGCCACCCGAUUGGUGAGAGACAUCACUCAGAGAAAGGAGUCCCUGGAAAAAAUUGAGCGAGAAUUCAUUGUUGUUGAGCAGGAGCGGAACAAGGCGGAGAUCUUAAAUAAAAGACUGAGGAAACAGCUAGCAUACUACAAAGUGCCUCCCGUCCUCGAUUAUGUCCAUGAGAAGAUAGCAGUCCAUGAGCUGGAAAAUACCAUCAAGAUUUGGGAGAGGAAGGUGGAAAUCGCACAGAUGGCCUUGCAGAGCUACCGUAGCGUUUGGCAGAAGGCGAAGAUGGCCAGUCGUCAGCUGCAGGCUCUCCUCCCAGAACAAGCAGCUCACUGACACUAAGAUGGGCAGGGAAGAGCCCCGUGGCACCGCUUGCAUUUCCCUGGCCUCUUCGUUUUGCCCUCUUCCUGGCGAGGCACCUGCUUCCCAAGCCUCCUGCCACUGCGAUGCUUCCCUUUCCUUUUCUGUACUCCGUGUGACGAGUGAUUUUUAUAGUUAACA